GUGGCUGGGAAUUAUGGGAGCUGUAGUCCAAAAACAGCUGGGAGGGUGCUAAAUUGAGCAGGCCUAAUACCCCAUUGGGAACCAUAAGGGUUUGGGCCAGGGUUUUUUUUUUUCUCCCAGGUUAUAAAACUUCCCAUUACACAAUCUAGAGUUCGUUACACAAGGCAGCCUCCAUGGCCUGGGGCCAGGGGAGCGAAGGGGCUUUCGCAAUCUGCAGCCCUCCUGUGGAUUGGGGGUGGGAGGACAACAGCCUUAAAUUGCAGGCCCCCUGAUGAGUGAGUGUGAGAGAGAGAAAGACGGGACUCCAGAGGGCUGCUGUCUCUGACGACUUGUUCUAGCAAAGGAGUACGUAUCCGCCCCCCCCCCCAAAAUGAUGUGGCUGAAAGCUUCUCUGCUGCUGCUCUUCCUGGUGAGCACAGGAGCAGGGACUGAGAGGAAGGAGAACCCGUGCACAGGGAGGCGAGAGUGCUUCAGCUACACGCUCGUCUGCACCGGACCCGGCUACGAGGCCCGGAGCUACGCACCGUCUGUCUGGGUGGGGACACGUGUGCAAGGCGAACCCUACCUCAGGGCCCUGAUCAAGGGCUUCUGGCGGCUCUUUCGCUACAUCCAAGGCAGAAACACCCCUGAGACCUACAUCCCCAUGACUGCCCCAGUGCUGGCCCGCAUUGGGAACAACUCAGAGAGCCUGGAAUAUACUGUGUACUUCUUGCUGCCAGAAGCAUUUCAGAAGGAGCCGCCCACCCCCACUGAAGACUCGGUCUUUGUGGAGCACUUUCCGGAGCUUCAGGUCUAUGCCCGCGUCUUUGGGGGCUGGAUGACUGAUGAGAACCGCCAGAUCCAGCUGCAGGCUUUGGACGGGAAACUGAGCGAAGACGGAAGGGAAACCGAGGCUGGCCUGCACUACACUGCGGGUUACAACAGCCCCAUGGAACUCUUCAACAGGCGCAACGAGGUCUGGCGGUUGGUCAAAGGGGAAAUAGGGUGCAGCCCAGCCACCCCAGAAUAAUUUCCAUGCCCCGCCUCUGCCAGUGAAGAUAUGCCACAUCUUCCUUGCUCCAACGGCUGUGCCUUCCCCCACAAGGAGCCAUCGGAGCAGACUACAGGCCGGGCCUGAUCCAGUCCUUUCCUUCUCCCGACACACCCAGGUGUUGUACUGAGUUGCCCCCUUUAUUUACUGAGGCUGGGCCUUUAAUAUGAAAGGCAAUGGGCGGUGAUGGAGUGGGGAAACUUCAUCUGCUGAACUUCUGCCUUCCAUGAAGCUAUGUAAACACCUCUUGGCUUAGCCCCAGUCCUCACUCACAGCUAGAAACAAGUUCUCAGGAUGUGUUAAUUUAGCAUUUGCCUGGAUCCCUCCCUCUCACUGUUGCCUCCUACCCUGAGACUAUUGAGACUGUUUUGGACUGUAAGCUCCUAGAGGGCAGGAACCUGUCUCUUUUGUCUAUGUAACUUUAUAAGAUGCCAUGUACACAGAUGCUGCAGUACAAAUAAAUGCUUACAUAAAUGAA